UCGACUUCGACUUCCUCGACUGCGACUAUCCUUCGAACGAACGUUUCGCUGUGCCAUCCUACCGACCCUUACCUCUACACAACCACCAACAGCCGCUGACCCGCCUCCGAGGAUCGCGUACGAAAGGAACGUUACCGUAGGCGACGAAGAAGGCUAAUCACCGAAGCUUUUCCGGAGGCCUUUAUUUCAGACAUAAAUCGAAGAGACUCAGAGGAAAGGAGAGACGAGUUACUGGUGUUCCGGAUCAGGAUCAAAACCGAGCACACAACAAUCACAUCAGGCCAUCUCUUUCUGAGACAGCCGCCGUCGAGAUUCGAGCGCGGGCGAUAUCCCAUCUCUUCCCCACCGCAAUCAUCACUUGACCCCGACUCGAUUCCACAAGCACCAAGUUCGAACGAACGAGCCACAGCCGACACCGACACUUUCCUUUUCGCCCAAAUUUGAGGUCAUCUGAGCAGGCAGCUGGGCCUGGACGGUACACGCCUAAGUUUACUCCAUUCGAGAACGGACCUCGAACGCCAACCCCGCAUUCACAAACGUUAAACCCCUCGACCGACCAAUUCACUUAUUGACUCUCCACUUCAUCCGAGCCAUCCGAGCCAUCCGAGCCAGGUUUCCCCAUAUCAGCAGACCAAGGCGUCCCCACCCAGCCACGCCAACACCGAAUCACAAGCCACCCACGCACGCAGCCGGCCCGCUUCGCGCCGCACCGCAAGUCCGCGUUCGACGACAGCACGCUUGAAUCGCACGCAUCGUAGAUUUACAGACGCCCCUUCCACCACUCCGGCCACGCACGCACGGACACAGCAAUCGACCCCUUACAUCGCACAUCAGGCAACACAGCACGUCAGGCAGCGCUCGACCCCAACCCCUCACGACCUGACCCCGCAUUGACCUCCACCUCCACCUCCGCACCUUCAUCCCCCGCGUUAUAGUCGGGUUUUUCACUUCCCCAUCCCCAUCCCCACAUUUCGUUGUUGACCUCGCCACUUCCCACCUCAUUCAAGCCGUAGUCCCUGCUCAAGGCUUGCACUCCGGAGAUCAUCACACCUCACCGAACACAACUCAUCACACAUCCACCGAACACAACUCGAAGACAAGGAGACAGAGAUGGACUCCUCGACUCAGACCCCCACACAACAACAACAACAGCAACAACAACAACAGGAGAAGACGAUCCCCCGUCCGUAUAAAUGUCCGUACCCGCUGUGUGGAAGGGCGUUCAGUCGGUUGGAACAUCAG